GUUGCCGGAAUCGGUUAGGGACCAAUUAAUUUCCUUCAUGUUGACAAUUCUGAGUUUUUCAUCCUAAUAAGGAAAUCACCAAUUACAAUUUAAAAAUAUUCUACUAAACAAAACGUGCCGUGUGUGAAAAUCAAGAAAAUUUCUCACUCUUUCACAAUGGAAAAGACCACAGCAAAAAGUAAGAAAGAAGCCAAAGAUGAAAAACAAAAGGAUCAGAAAAUCGAGGAGCAGAUAAUGAAAAUGCUGGAAGAAGAAGCGGCAGGAGCUAUUCCGGAAGAGAAAUUUGCACUGCUACUGCGUAAGCAUGUAGAAAGUGAACGUGGCGCUAGAAAACUGCGACAGGAAAUGAAGGUGCAGGAAAAGCAGUUGGAGACUGUCUUACGGGAGAAGGAAAACUUGCAGCGCGAAUACAAUAAAAGUGUUCUGAUGCGAGACAAAUUGCAGGAAGUCUGUCGCGAACAGCAGAAACUAAUCAAAUCUGUGAAAAAUGAAAGUAUACAAAAAAUACGGGAAGAAGAGGAGCGGCGAAAGGAAAGUCAAUCAAAAUUCCAAUCAUCACUUAACGAGAUCACGCAGUCUUUAACUAAAAAUAAUGAUGAAAAUUUGAAGUUGCGGGAUCAUAACUUGGAAAUGACCAAAAAAUUGAAAAUGCUAGCAGAGCAAUAUCAUAUGCGUGAGCAACAGCUGGAAAAGCUAAACGAGCAGGUGCAGUUGGAGUCACAAUUGCAUCAAGCCAAGCUGAAUAAGGUGCAAGUUGAGGCUGCUAUGGAGAAGGAAAUUUUGUUAAAGGAAAAACAAAUAGCAAUCGAAAAGUUUGUGCAUUCGCAAAAGUUGCUCAGAGAAUUAACCGAGCGAGAGGCGGCGCUUAAAGAGCAACUAACUCUGUAUACUGCUAAGUAUGACGAUUUUCAGAAUUCACUGCAAAAAUCCAAUGACAUAUUCGCAACAUACAAAGUUGAAUUGGAGAAAAUGGCAAAGAACACUCGCAAGUUGGAAAAAGAAACACUUGAGUGGAAAACUAAAUGGGAAAAGAGCAAUGCCAUACUCAUUGAAUUGGCUACAGAGAAAAAAGAACGCGAUGAACACGCAGCACGUUGCAGCAAACAAGUAGAACAGCUGCAGAAAUUGUUACGCGCCCUACAAAACGAACGUUCGCACCUCUAUAAGGUGUUGCGAGAAAAUAAUGUCGAAUGCCCCGCUAUGCCGCCUCUACCACCAGAGCCUGAGCCAAUUCGAACAGCGCCGAUUACAACCAACAGUGGAGGCUCAUCGGACAAAGAUAAAAUGGAGAUUAUGUCGCGCAAUUGUGCUGAAUUGAAACAGACUCUUGCGAAUCUUCAAAGUCAAAUGAAGUAUUUAAAUGUCGCUACGGGCGUUAGCACCGAUUCUACUGGCAAAGUUGGCGGACAAACGUCUGCUAAGCAGCAACAGUCGGAGGACUCGGCUAAGAAACGUCAGCGUAAAAAACAAAAAUCGAAAAGCAAUAAGAAUGGUAAGGAGUCGUCGCCUGGUCUUGGUAGCGAGUCGCCAAAUGACAAUACAAAUACGACCGCAAUUGUAGAACAAACUGAGAAAGAGCCCAUUGAACUGCCACCACAAGUCGAAACACUUAGUGUUGAUUUGACAAAUACUGUAUCGCCACCAACUAAUGAAGAUGCGCAUGACGAAGCAGCAAUAGUUUUGGUUGAUGAAGUUAAUACAACAACAGCUCCAAAAGAAGGCAACACGGAUCAGUUGGAUGCAGUAAAUUGGCCAGAAACAACUGUGCCGGCGGAGAUUGCCGCAAAGGUGGCAGAAUUAACCAUUGCCGAUGUAACAGAAGCCGCUGUCGCGACAGUAGCUGAGUUGACAAUAAAUGGCACUGACAAUGCGUUGACUAUCGAAUCUCAACAAGAGGGGGGCUGCAACAGCAACAACCAUUGAAUGAACCAGUGC